AUGGACGAUAGCGCUCAAAUUAUUGAACAUUUGAAGGGAAAGGAAAUAUUUUCCAACAAUCAGUUUCCGCUUUCAUCAUCUUACGUUGAGAAGGAUGAGCCAGUUCGACACUGGUUCACGAUGAAGGAGGUUCAGAAGAGAAAGAGAUGGCGAAGUGAAGGCAGAUACCACACCAGCUAUUCCUUAAUAAGGAAGGUGUGGAUGUGGCAUCAGAUUGCUGGCAAUAGUUCCGGAACGCAGAGAAGUGGAGACGGUUUGCGAAAUCCCAUUAAGUUUUAUUUUGAUUGGCGAUGGCUCUUCAUUCUAAGGAAUGGAGCUCCAUUGUGGCUGUAA